AUGGAGCUUAAUCCAUGUAUUCGAUGGCUUCUACGCACACUUGUGUGGCGUAGUCGUCCACUUCUAGACUUUGCAAUGACUAUGUACCGAAAGCCAAUGCUGGACUGCCUUGGAUAUCCGAGAGGUCAUGCCAUUUUUCUGCACGGAGAAAAUAUGCUUUAUAACAUUGCCCUGGGCGAGUAUUUUGUUAUGACUAGACAAGACAUUAAUCUUCUGGCUGAUGCCGUGUAA